AUGGCAACCCAUUUGUUGUAUGAAACCAGUACCGGUUUCAAUGUAUUCAGUCUUACAGGCACAGAAUCAGUACAAAACGUUCAAGUACAAAAGCAAUUACAAAACUAUGAAAAGUUUGCAUCGGUCUGCAAGCCAAUCGGUGCACUCCCAUUCAAGUCUGCCGGAGAGGCUCUCGAAGCCAUCAACACCAUCUCUGAAGGUUUGAUCACCGACAACUUGAAGGCAUUCCUCAAACAAACCUUUAAAAAGUCGACCGGUGUCAUCUUGGGUGUCAGCGACAACAAGUUGGCUGCAACCAUUCAAGAAGAAUUAUCAAUUAGUUGUAUUGCUAAUGCUGCUACUCAUGAAAUCUUCCGUUGUGUUAGAUAUCAUUAUCCAACAUUUGCAAAGGUAGAGGUAGAAGAUUUGACCAAGGCACAACUUGGUUUGGGUCACAGUUACUCACGUUCCAAGGUAAAGUUCAAUGUACAUAAAGUAGAUAAUAUGAUUAUUCAAUCGAUUGCAACACUCGAACAACUCGACAAGGACUUGAACACCUUUGUCAUGCGUAUCAGAGAAUGGUACUCGUGGCAUUUCCCCGAACUCACCAAGAUCAUCAAGGACCCCAUCCACUAUGCCAAAUUGAUCAAGUUGAUCGAGGACAAGGCAAACAUCAGCGACGCACUGCUCGGCGACAUCGAGACAAUCGUCGGCGACGAGACCGUUGCCAAGAGCGUCUUGCAGGCUGCCCGUGCCUCCAUGGGUACCGAAAUCUCAGUCAUCGAUCUCGAGUCGAUCAUGCAUUUUGCCAACCGUGUCAUCGACUUGCUCGAGUACCGUAGUUCGCUCGAACAGUACCUCACCAAGAAGAUGCGUGAUUGCGCACCCAACCUCCAAGCCUUGAUUGGCGACCGUGUCGGUGCCCGUCUCAUCUCGCGUGCCGGUUCACUCACCAAUCUCGCCAAGUACCCCGCUUCGACCGUCCAAAUUCUCGGUGCCGAGAAGGCUCUCUUCCGUGCCAUGAAGGUUCGUGGCAAGACCCCCAAAUACGGUAUCAUCUACAACUCGUCCUUUAUCAACUCUGACAAGGUCGCCACCAAGAACAAGGGUAAGAUCUCUAGAUGUCUCGCCAACAAGAUCUCCAUCGCCACCCGUAUCGAUUGUUUCUCUGAGAAUCCAUCCGACAAGUUUGGUCUCACCCUCAAGAAGCAAGUCGACGAUCGUGUCACUUUCUUCACCUCUGGUGCUACCCCAAAGAGAAAUAUUGAUGUUAUGAGAGAAGUUAUUAAAGAAGUUGAACAAGAUUUUGCCAAUCACAAGAGAACUGCUGAUGACUUUGAAGAAGAACACAAUGAAGAAGUUGAACAACCAAAGAAGAAAUCAAAGAAGGAAUCAUCAAAGAAGGAAGAAAAGGAGGAAGAACAACCAAAGAAGAAAUCAUCAAAGAAGGAAUCAUCAUCAAAGGAGGAAAAGAUGGAAGUAGACGAAAAGAAGGAAAAGAAGGACAAGAAAAAGGAAAAGGAGUCGUCAAAGGACAAGGAAAAAUAUAAUAUUUAUUGUUUGUUGUAUAUGUUAGUAAUGGAAAUUGAACAAUUUAGAAUAACUUUAUUUAAUAAGUUUAUUAAAAAGUUGGUAUUUAAUCAUGUUAGAUGGUUGAAUCGAACUAGAUCGAUCGAUGGUAGGGGAAGAUCUAUUGUUUAUAAAGAGAUGGAUUCUUUGGAAUGGUUGAUUAGACAUAGACAAUCAUUACCUUCAUUGUUACGAGACAAGAUAUGUAAGGGGAUUGGAGGGAUUAGAUUCCCAUCACUAGCUGCUAUGGUGUUGAUGGCCGAGAUGGAGUUUGACCUAUUUGAAAGGGUGUAUGUACACUUUGAAGCAAAUGGUAUCAAACAACACCACACGAUACUUGACAGUGCUGCAAAGCAAGGACGUGUUGAUAUCGUUGAAUAUCUAGUGUCUCGUCAACACCCAUUCACCAAUCAUGCAGUUGAAGAUGCAUCUAGUGGUGGUCACUUGUCAAUCGUUAAAUCGUUAUUAACAUGUGACUAUAUUCAAGAGUAUUGGUAUCCUUCACACGAUGCUUACGAGUAUGCAGCAAAAGGUGGACAUUUAGAAGUACUACGGUACCUGGAUGAAUGUCAAUUCAUUGAAAAGAAUGCUGCGUCGUCUGCUAUCGACUUGGCGUGUCAACAUGGUCAUGAACACGUUGUACUAUACUUGUUGGAGAAUAGAAAAGAUAUAAAGUAUACUAAACAGGCUAGCAUGUUUCCUUCAACCUAUCAAAUGUUCUUUAACCCAUUCCUCGGAGACAAUGUUGACAUGGUUCGCUUUUUGUAUCAAGAUGCAAUGGUCAACCCGGCAAGAUGGGACAAGACACCGAGAAUACAUUUCAAAAAUCUAGAUACUCUUGUCAAUCGUUUGGAAUGGUUGCCUGCCGAGUUUUACCUCGACCAACAAAACAUUAAAGAUGCAUUUAUUCGCAAUGAUAUACCAACAAUUGAAUACCUACUCGAACUACAAAUGACUGGUGUGGCAGGCCGGACCUUUUCACUUGGUCUGGUGAUCAAUGAAAUCACCUCCAACAAUCAACUUGCAUUUCGUGUCUUGGAUAUGGGCAAAUCGGCCACUGACUCUGUCAACUUGGAAAUAUUACCAGUACUUGCCAAAAAGGGUAAUUUGGAAUUACUCAAACAUUACAUGACAUUGUUUGUACAAACUAGAGGACACACAUUUACACCCAAAGACAGGGAACAACUAUUUGUUGAUGCAGCCAAGGCCGGUCAAGUAACAACUGCAAAAUACCUCUACGAGAAUGAAGAAUUCAUUCACCCCACCAAACCAAUCGACCCAUUACUUUUCCAACAACUAGUGGUUGGUGGGUACCUUGCUAUGGUCGAGUACCUUCUUUCCAUCAAAUACAGCUCAUUGUAUGUGGUCAAUGCCGAUCUUUUAAGUGAGGCUGCAUUGAGUGGUGACUUGGAUAUGGUGAGAUGUAUACUCUUGUCGAGAAAGGGGUUGUCUCUGACUGCCAAAGUAUUCCAACAAGCCAUUACAGCCAACAGUCUGCAAAUUGUUCAAUACCUAUUAUCCAAAGUUCCCAAAAAGUUAGACGCAUCCAAAUAUUUUAGUGACACUAGUUUUAAUGGUGCCAUUGGUGCAGGCAACAUUGGAAUCAUCAGAGAGUUGGAAACAUACUCUCAAGCAGUUCUUUCAAGGUGCACACUCGAUGUUGGCGUAUACAUCUAUUCUGCUACACUUGGCAAUGUAGUCAUGUUGGAACAAGUCUUAAAAAACAGGUUAAUAACAAAACCUACAAGAUCUUUAGUAUUCCUUCACGAACAAAUCAAGAAACAAGGUCAUCAUACAUACCUUAAAAUGUUUAUAAAAUUUGAAUCUCAAUCAAAUACUUAA